AGGCGAUCGGCAGCGGCGGCGGCGGGGCCAGCUCCUCCUGUCACAACCCAGCUGGGAGCAGAGGCAGCGGCAGCAGCGCUCCAGGCUUAGCGCAGCCCCAUCCCAGCCCCGGCAGCCGACUCCAUUUGCAGCAGCCUCUUGACUUGGCCGCCUCUCCCGCUUCAGGAGGAUCCCCGCCCCGAGGGAUCGAGCGAUCGAACGCCGUACAACAGGGACGAAGAACCGAGCCCUCGGCGGACGGGGCGAGCUCAUGGCUGGCUCGACGGGAUGCGCCCCGGCGGGCUGGGCUGCUGCGGCGCGAUGGCUCCUGGCGCCCCUGCUCUUGCUGGGCUCUUUCCCCGGACCCGGAGGCGCAGCCAACACCCAGGGGAUGGGAGCAGCCCUUGGGCCCACCCUCGGGACCCCACAAGUGGCCAUGUUUUGUGGGAGACUGGUCCUCCAUCUCAACGUCCAGACAGGCCGCUGGGAGCCUGAUGCCAUCGGCACUCACACCUGCUUUCGUACCACUGAGGAGAUCAGGAGCUACUGCCAGGAGGUAUAUCCAGAGCUGCAGAUCACAAAUGCGGUGGAAGGCACGCAGCCAGUUACCAUAGACAAAUGGUGCAAGAAAGGACGUUCAUCAUGCAAAAGCCAAAUGCACAUCGUGGUACCCUACCAGUGUCUUGUGGGCGAGUUUGUGAGCGAAGCACUUCUUGUACCAGACAAGUGCAAAUUCCUACACCAAGAGAAAAUGGACUCCUGCGAGACCUACUUGUAUUGGCAUAGUGUGGCUAAAGAGGCCUGCAGUGGUGAACAUCUUGAGCUACACAGCUACGGCAUGCUACUGCCUUGUGGAGCCGACCGUUUCCGAGGUGUGGAGUAUGUGUGCUGCCCCUCACGCCCGCCAGCCAUCAGGGUGGAGCAAACUACAGAGAGUCCCCCGGUGCUUGCCCAUUUAAGGGAGGAAGCCCUGCGCAGCAACAAAGUCCCGACAGGGCGUAUUCCAACAGAGGAAGAAAGCUUGGAAUUGGAGGAAGACAGGAAUGUGGAUGAAGAAGAGGAAGAGGAAGUGGAGGAAGAAGAGGAGGAGGAGGAGGAGGAGGAGGAGGAAGAGGAGGAAGAAGAAGAGAUUCCUGGAGAGAGUGCUCCUGACUCUAACCGUUUCCGUACUGCCUGGGAUGACUAUUACGUGGAGCCAGGAUACUACGAUGACAGCAUCACUCAAACCACCAUCACCACUACAACUCAGACCACAGAAGAAGAUGUCAAAGUGACCCCAACCCCUCGCCCAACGGAUGGGGUGGAUGUUUAUUUCGAAAUGCCUGGAGAUGGGAAUGAACAUGCCAACUUCCUGCGAGCCAAGAUGGACCUGGAGGAGCGGCGCAUGAAACAGAUUAAUGAGGUGAUGAAGGAAUGGGCUGAAGCUGACAACGAAGCCAAAAACCUGCCUAAAACAGACCGGCAAGCACUGAAUGAGCACUUCCAAUCUGUCCUCCAGACACUGGAAGAGCAGGUGGCUGGAGAGCGCCAGCGGCUGGUGGAGACCCACCUGGCCCGUGUAGUAGCACUGCUGAAUGAUAACCGCCGUGCGGCACUGGAGAACUACUUGACUGCGGUACAGAAUGACCACGCCCAGCCUGACCGCAUCCUGACCGCUCUGAAGAGAUACGUACGGGCUGAACAGAAAGAUCAGCGCCACACUCUCCGCCAUUACCAGCACGUGGCAGCAGCUGAUCCUGAAAAGGCUGAACAAAUGAAGUUCCAGGUGUAUACUCAUCUCCAUGUCAUUGAGGAACGGAUGAACCAAAGUCUUGCGUUGCUGUACAAGAAUCCCCAGCUAACCCAGGAGCUCCGAGGAGACAUAGAGGAGCUCCUGCGAACUGAACGGGUGUCCACCAAUGACCUUCUUACUACCUCCAUCUCCGAGACCCGCACCACAGAAGAGUUCUUACCCAUGGACAGUGGCGAGGAUCUAGCUGCUGAGAGCCGUGAUGGAGAAGAUUCUGAAGCGGCCGACAAGAAAGCUUCAGGGCUGGCAGAAUAUGACUAUCCAACUAGUGACAAAGCCCUGCUGUAUGAGUAUGAACAUAAGGUCAAUGUGUCUGCCUCCGAUGUCAAAGGCAUGGUCUACAAGUCCCAAGAAAUUCAACGGGAUGAACUGGAACCUGACACCUUGGUAACCAUCAACCGAGGGGCCCUGAUUGGUCUCCUCAUCGUAGCAGUGGCGGUUGCCAUGGUGAUUAUCAUCAGCCUCCUGAUGGUUCGCCGAAAGCCAUAUGGGACCAUCAGUCACGGCAUUGUUGAGGUGGAUCCCAUGGUUAGCCCCGAGGAGCGGCAGUUGAACAAAAUGCAAAACCACGGCUACGAAAACCCCACGUACAAAUUCUUUGAAGAGAUGAACUGAGUUCCUUGGGGCUGGGGCUUGUGGCAUGACCGGGGGUGGUGGGCAUGACCAUGUGGAUGGAGGGGUUGGCAUGUAGAACGGGAGAAGGGUGUUUUUCCACCCAAGAGCCCUUCUCUUUUUCUGUGCCCCGUCUGAGCUUCGCUCUUACCACCUCAUCCGCCUUCUAUUUUGUUCUUCCAUUUGCCAUUCCUGCUUCAUACUUCCUGGGCUUUCUAGCUACUGCUACUAGCCGACUCCUUGCCAUUUAUCCCACUUCUUCCAUUUCAACUUCUCAAGGUCUAAAUGCCUGUAUCGACACGCGCACCAUGGUCGCGUUCACACAACAUGCUUAACCAGCUUUCUUACAAACCUGCCUUUGCUGAAGCACUCGGCUUGAUUCAUCUUAAUCUUGUGUUGUGUUAUUUUUUUUUAUGGCUUAGCAUGUUGGGCAAACAGAUCCGAUUUGGUUCGUUUUCAGAUGGGAUGUCCUGUGGGAAACCACCCGCGUUGGUUAAUCCCGCCGUCUAGUUCAGCAUGUUGUGUGAACCGAGGCAUUCCCACCAAGCUGCCAGCAUCAGGUUUCAACUCUUGUAUUUUAAGCCAACUCAUCUCAAUGGGUAAACUGCACGUUGUGGAGAGAAACAGUUGAAUCUACAGAAUCUAUCAUGCAGUUAUGGGGCCACCAAAUGUCACACCGUGCACCCUUAAAACCUCUAUGUUCCAAUCAGUAACCAAUGCUCAUUGUGCAUCUUCCUAACUCACCUGGGGCCAAAUCUCAUGUUAAAAUGACAGCCCAUAACUCAGUAUCCCCACAAAAAAAACACAUCACCACCAAGCCCCUUAGAGACACUCAUCACGUGGUUUUCCACAAAGCACCAGACCCUACAUAUUCCACGGCACACAUUUGUGACUCCGCUUUGCAGGAUUCUGUUGAAAAAUGGAACACUUCCAGCAUACCUGUCAGACAAGGGUUACCAUCGCUAGAAUUGCCCAUUGCUAACCUAGCUUGCCUCUGGCAUAGAAACCUGAUUCCACCUUCACUUGCUUGCCUUUUUCUAUCUCUGUUUGUCUUCUGCUUCUUUACUACACUGAACUCUUCACUCCUUGCACCUAAUUUAUUGGAAAGCCAGCUAAAGGCUGAGUAGAUUGGGAUAAGAUAGCAUCCAUCAGCACUUUACUUGACUAGUUUGGAGAGGGGAGAUUCAAAGAUUGAGGCUCUUUUUUCUACACAGACACAUCUGUUCCUUCCACUCUCCCCCCCCCCGCCCCCUCGCACUACGUAGAGUAUAAAAAACAGGUUUGCUGAAACAGAUUUUGGCUACGUUCACACCUUCAGUUAACCAGUCCAGUUACAAACCUAACAGCAGCUGAAUUCACACAAUACGCUAAGCUGAAUUUAAGUUGUGGCUUUAUAUUUCUUUUGGGUAGCUUAACAAGUUGUGUGACUCAUGGCUUUACGGUUUGGUGAUUUGCGCAAGCCCCCUCCCCCCAAUAACCCUAGGUUAAUUCAGGAACAAAAUUAAGCUUCUCGAGUGAGCACAGCCCAUAAGGCUGAUCCUUCUCCCGCGGCCCAGAAAUUCUGAAGCUGGGAAAUUAAGUUCCUUUGUAGGGCUAAGCUCAUAAGCAUAUAUGCUUAUUUGUUGUUGUUUUGUUUCUUACAUUGGGAAGUUUUUCUUCCAGUAGCAAUUUUUGCCACAUGUCUUGAUCACUUUGCAGAAGUAUCUUCUGAGACCAACCAUCUCAGCAAUCCCAAAUGGGGGAAGGUAGGGGGCCAAUUGGAUCAUCUCUGGUGCAAUCUCUGCCGAAUGAUCUGUAAUUCCUAGCAACUACUAGUCCCCAAAUUUGGGCAUAGCUGGCUGGAGAAUUCUGGGAGUUGAAGUCCACAAAUCUUAAAGUGUCUUAAGUUUGAAGACCUCUGUACUAGACAGAAUGGUGUGUGGAGUAAUAGUCCUAUUGCUGCCUUUGGACCGAACCAUUUUGCUGUUUUUGAGAGGCAAGGGAGUUGGACCAAGGAAGAUACCUUUAUCAUUAAGCUCCUGAGAUCACUUAGAAGAGGUAAACUUGGAGAUGUUUUUAUCUUGGUUCCCCUUAAGCCAUAAUUCAGCCUUCUCCAAUCUGGGUGCCCCAGAAUCCCCUAGCCAAGAACUCUGGGAGUUGAAAUCCACACAUCUAGAGGAUGACCAAAUUGGAGAACCAUCAAAAUUUAGAAAGGACCAUUCCAAACUUUGCUGUGGGCAAAACACUCACACCGAAGCAUCCCUAACAGAUGAUGAUGAUGAUGAUGAUGAUGAUGAUGAUGAUGAUGAUGAUGAUAAAACCUAUGCUUAACUACAUCCAACAGGUGCGAACAUAGCACCUAUUUGGUGAAGCCGGGGUAAUUAGUUUGGACAGGCAUAGAAAUCACUUGGGCUAAGAACCACAUUGGAGAGAUAAAAGGGAUCCAUUCUUUUUUUUCUUCCACGUUCAAAGUUAUUUCCAGACUCAAAAAUCUGCAGGUGUGGGAAGGACCUCACCCCCUCACAACCGGCCUACCCCAUCUUUGAAGGGGGGAGGGGGGAAGAAUGUCAGGAUUUCUGCCUUGAAUGUCUCCUUCUGUGUUUCAUAGUUCCCUUGUCAUGCCCUGUCCUGUUCACCAUUUAAAUCUUGUUCGUUUUUAAGCUGAGGUUUUUCGAAAAUCAAAAGGCAACAUCAGAGAGACAAGGCAGGAGAUGGAAUUCAAUUGCCAGCCCUCCCACCAAACUAAUAAAAUAUUGUCACUUCUCUAAG